UUACCCAUCAAUAAGACUCAACCACAUCCAAAAUCCUCUUACCCAUUAAUUCACCCAAUGUUCUCUCUACACUUCCUAGAUUUUCCUCAACUAUGUCACCUCCGUCGUAUCCCCGCCACAAGAAACUCAACACCCCCGAAGGAACCCACCCUCUAUGGUGGUGCGCCGCCAUUGUCUGUUCUGUCCUCGCAGUAGCAGUAAUCAUCGCUGGCAUCGUCGUGUUCGUCGGUUACUUAGUUUACCACCCAAGAAUUCCCAUCAUCAGUGUUGUUAACGCUCACCUGAACCUCUUCCAAUACGACUUAACCGGUGUUCUCGUAACGCAAGUGAACAUUGUCGUUCGGACGGAAAACGACAACAGGAGAGCUCAUGCGAGUCUUUCAGAUAUGGAGCUGACGCUGAUUUUUGAUGGGUUGGAGAUUGCAAAGCUGAUGGCGGGUGAUUACGAGGUGAGGAAGAAUAGUACGGUGGAUUUUAACUUUGUGGCUACGUCGGACCCGAUACCGUUGAAUCCUGAGCAGAUGAAAGAUGUGGAUGUGUUCUUGAAUGAAGAUGAAGUUAGAUUUGAUCUGAAAGGGAAUGUGAGAGCUCGGUGGAGAGUUGGGCUUCUUGGGUCGAUUAAGUUUCAGUGCCAUUUGGAUUGCCGGCUAAGGUUUCAUAGAUCCAGUGGAGAUUACAUACCAGGUCGAUGCACCUCCAAGGCUAAAUGAUGAAGAAAAAAUCUUAAUUUCCUUUUUAUUUUUCUUUUGGAUUUGCGCAGGCUGUGUAUUAAUGGUUAGCUUGGAGGUAAGUACUUUCUUGUGCACAAAAUUAAUUUCUCCCUCCAAAGAUUAAAUGUCAGGAGGCAGGACUUCUUAUUUUAAAAAAUCAGAUAUACAGAGGAUAGUGAAUAACUUAUUUGAUUUGGUUCAAAAAUCGAUUAAAUCGAUCGGAUUCGAUUUAGUGGAUUGAAUUUUUAUUUAUUUA